CGAAUUUUAGUUGGAAUUGUUACGGUGCAGCUGUAGAAUCGUCAGACAGCGACAGUAUUGACAUUCUGGCCUUUUGAAAAGUCUCUGGAUAGUUCUGGAAGGUCUGUCAUAUCAAGGUCUCAGUGGGACGCGACCAAGGAUAUUGAGGAUCCCCCCCCUGGCACCAGCUGAAGCUAACAAGCUAACGAGAUACUGGUGGAACUGCUACAAACUGGCGAGAUUGCGAUAUCAAUGCAAGAAUUCACGAUCGCCAAAACAAACACUCCCCCAGCCAAUAGAUUUCUGUUUACUCUUCUGACAUGAGAUGGAGACAACUCGGCCUUAUGGGUUGGUCGAGUCUUCUCUCCUCCUGCACUUUUACUCAUACUGGUACUUACUCCACAUAAACAUAAAACAUGGAACGUGGGGAAUCUGUAGAAAAAUAGAAUUAAAAUGUCUUGUGAUAUAGCUGAGCUGAGCUGUUCGCUGCUGUCUGUGUCUCUCGCUUCCAAUAUGUUGUCCUGUUUCUACUGCCUGCAUGUGUAAUUGUGUAAUGGCAAUCUGUCGGCUACUCUCUCUCGCCCUUGACGCGCUUCUACGACCAUCGCUCUGUCCGUGACUCUCCUCAUUCACUGACUCAAAAAGACAAUCACAGAAUCUGAGACGAUCACCCGUGAACGAAUAUUGGGGAAAUUAAUAUAAAACUCUUCCCGCGUCAUCUACGCGUUCUGUGUGGUUGGUCGAUCGAUCUACCGCCAGCGACAACAAACGCUACGCCAAUAUUACACGACCACGGCCAUCCCGACUCGCACAAACAACACAGCCCUCACCACAACGACAAACCACGCCCUUGGCCAGGUCGUCAUUGUGAAGAACGAGACCAAUCCGCCAAUUCGCAAACGCAACCCAUGCACAGCUUCCCGUAGGGCCAGACAGGCAGCAAACAAAACGCGAGCGACUCCUUGUGCCUGAUCCAGUUUCGGGGAGGCACAGGAAGCUCAUUUAAAGGACUGGGACCUCCGCCGGCGACAUCAUGGCAGCAACCGACGCCGAACAACCAUACGCCGACAUGGCUGCAGGAGACCCUUUCACGUCGAGCACGAGUCACCGCUACUCCAACUUCGACAAUCAGCUAUUCGCGCUCGGCCCAACCACAUCUCCAGAACAAGCAAAGCGGGCAUUGGAGGCACAUCUCGCCGAGACCGAACGUAGGAUACGGGACGCGUCGAAGCUGGGCACGACGCUCGUUCAGCAGCGAAAGGAACUCGCGGACCGAUUGAAGGAGAUCGAGAAGGAGCAGGAUGAGGGUGAGAUCACGCCGGAGCUGAGGCAGAAGUUGGUGGACAUCGAGAAGGAGUACAAUGAGGUCGGCCGCGAGAGCGCGCGGGCGUUUCUGCCAAAGUCCAGGGUGUCGAGCAGCGAGAUGGCUGAAUCUCCAUUUCCAGUUCAGGGCAAGCGUUCCGUGAGCCCUUCGAAAUUCGAAAGCCAAGCUACCGCCUCGCCAUCCAAGCUCAGCGUACCAAACCGCAAGCAGAGAAACCAGCCCUCAAACCGAGUUCACGAUAUCGAAUUUGCAACCGAGAUCUCUACCUCUCUCUUGUCACAAGUCCGUCACCUACAAGCGCUUCUGGCUGAAAAGGAAGAAUCUCUACGAACUGUGAAUACGGAAAAGGCACGUCUGGAGGCAGAGGCCGAGGGAUUCAACCAGAGAUUACGAGCUCUCGACGAAAGCGAACAGCGUUACAAGGAUGAGAAUUGGAGUCUUGAGACCCAGCUACACGACCAUAUCGCAACCGCGAAAGAAGCAGCUGAUCGCGAGAAGAAGCUCACUCAAAGCUUGAAUGCACUCCAAGCCCAGAAGACAACUGCCCAGAAGGACCUUGACGAAAUGAAGCUGAGCCACUCCAAGCUAUCCGAGACUCACGCAGCAGCGGUGAAACUCCAUGAUACGGAGCUUGGAGGACUCAAGCGGAACAUGGCCAUGGUCGAGAACGAGCGAGGAGCGCUCCAGCGCAAGAUUGAAGACUUGACUGGCCAGAACCAUGAGCUUGCCAUGGCCGUUGCACGCCAGCGUGGUAUUGCAGAUGAACAAGAGAGCCAGGAUGCCACAGACGAAGACUUCGAGACCGCAGAUGACAACGUCACACCUGAGCACUCUCCACCACCAUCGCCGACUAAAAUGACCCCGCGCCAUAGCCAUCUCGAGGCGGAAACUCUGAAGAGCUCGCUGCAUCACGCACACCGAAUGAUUCAGAGUCUAAAGGGCAACAUUCACCGCGAAAAGACAGAGAAAUUGGAACUUAAGCGGAUGCUUCAAGAUGCCAGGGACGAACUGGACAUUCGCCGCAACGAUGCCGCUUCAGGCUCCAUCAAAAAGAGUCGCAAAAUGGACUCCAAGGAGUUCAAGAAGCCCUCGAAGGGCCAACUUGGCGCUCUCCGCAAUAGCAGGAGCGAAAUAUCCAUGGAUGAUGCCCAAUGGGAAGACCAAGAUGGCGAGAGUAGCCCUACACGCGCUGCUUCGGCUCGCGUUGCCUCAAUGCCCGGCGGCUACGCCGAGUCCAGCGACCAAUUCGAGACCAGCAACGAGACCAGCGACGCCUUCGAGACAGCCAACGAGCGCGGCACCGAGACCGACGACUUCCACACUGGCAAUGAGGGUAACACUGACAGUGAUGAGCUGACCGAGACCGAGAGCGGCGCAAACGUCAGCACCAUUCGCGGCCGCCCAGCACCCCUUAACAUGGCCGCGAAGCGAAGCUCCUUCCUCAGCACUGCCUCCACUUCAGGCGACGAGUACAGCUACGAGGACGUCAGGACACCGGUCCAGUCCCAACCCCAGCGCCUCCGUCUUCGCAUGGGCCGUGGAUCAAGCCGUCGCGAUCGUAUCGCCAGCGAAGAGCCUUCUAUCGAUAGCAGCCCCGCCGCAAGCAACAGCGGCACGCCUCAGCAGCCGAGCCAGAGUCUGUUCGCAGAACUUGGCGACCUUGGUGGCAGCGAUGAUGAGUCCGCUAUGGGCUCCAGCGUCGGUGGCAUGACACCUGGACGGAACCGCAGUAUCACGCCCGGUGGUACUCCUGGCGGCGCGUCCGCGCGUAUGUCUGCCCUCGACAUUCCCCCUGUUCCAGCGCUGCCAAAGCCGGUUAUGGUGGAUUCGAGCAUGAUGACCGACGACUGGGAGCCCGCGCCAGCGACGCCCCAGAGCGCCAUUCCAAUCAUUGCCAGCGGCCUAGCAGGCGCCGGGCUCGUGGAGGCCGGACACCUGUUUGCCGAUAACCGUCUAUCCGUGAUGAGCGACGUCAGCACUCAGGCCGGCGACCUCAGCGAGAGCUUGGCUCAGUUCCCUACACCCCCUACGCGUUCCGCGCCUCUUCCACCAUUGAGCAUCUCUACCAUCCAGGCAGAGGAUAUGGAGCCCGUUAUCCCUGCGCCUGCCACGCCGGUGCAGAUGGCGUUCUCGUCUAUCGGGUCGUCGCACACUGAGCCGCUAAGCCCAGUUCUGCACGCACCUACACCUGUCAAGCUUGUGUUUGCGCCGAUUGAGGGGACAGAGACGGAGCCCAUUGAGAGGCCGGCGACGGCUGUGAAGAUGGAGUUUUCGGGCAUCGAGGCUGUGGCUAUGGAGCCUGUUAGUCCGGUUCUGCGCCCGGUUACGCCUGUCAAGCUUGCGUUUGUGCCUAUUGAUGCUCUGGAUACUGAACCGAUUGAGCCUGUUGAAAGGGCUGUCACGCCGAUUAAGAUGGCGAUCUCGAAUAUUGGGGCUAUGGAGACGGAACCUAUUAGCCCAGUCGAGCCGGUCGUGGCCCCGAUGAACAUGGCGUUCUCUUCCAUUGGUCAUACGGCUACGGAACCUGAGUCGCCUGUGAAGAGGCCAGUGACGCCGGUUGCUUUCGCAUUCUCAUCUGUGUCGAACACUGAGACCGAGCCAAUUUCCCCUGUUAUCAGACCCGUCACACCACCGCGACCAGUGACGCCUGUUGCUUUCGCGUUCUCAUCUGUGUCCAACACUGAGACCGAGCCGAUUUCUCCUGUCGUCAGACCCGUCACACCACCGCGACCAGUGACGCCUGUGGCUUUCGCGUUCUCAUCUGUGUCAAAUACUGAGACCGAGCCAAUUUCUCCUGUCAUCAGACCCGUCACACCACCGCGACCAGUGACGCCUGUGGCUUUCGCGUUCUCAUCUGUGUCAAAUACUGAGACCGAGCCGAUUUCUCCUGUAGUCAGACCUGUCACACCACCGCGACCAGUUACUCCCAUUGCCUUGGCAUUCUCAUCCAUCACCUCUACGUCAACAGAGCCAAUUGAGCCCCCGAGCCCAGCACACAAUCACCUCUUGGCAGGUGCUCUUGGGGCAGGUGCUCUUGGAGCUGGUGCCCUCGGGGUAGGAGCCCUUCUAUCAGAUAAAUCAGACAAGGAGCUCUCAAUCCAGAGCCCAGAGACACCAAAGGGCAAGGGGAACAACUUCAAUGGCUUAAUGAACUGGGCGAAGGCUAAAACUCCAGUCGGGCCCCUUAUUGCCGAGGACGAGACCCGCCAGUCGCCUAACCAGUCACCGCUGGCAGAGACGCCAGAGUCGCAGCGCCCAUUCAAGGAGUUGUCUGUCAACACAAAUGAGAGGCCUCCAAGCAAGGCAAAGCCUGAUAUGACGAGCUCUACUGCUCAGACGUCACUUACAUCGGAGGAGAUUGAUGAGAUGCUCUCGAAGAAGAGCGACCGACAAUACGCUAUCCUAACUGAGGACUCCCAGAAGCCAGUGUCGCCCUCUCGAACCAUUGUUCCUCCAACAAUCCGAGUUAGGAAGUCCCAGGAUAGCAUGAGCAGUGUCAGAAUUACGCGCCCUAAGGCUUUGGAUCUCAGCCUUGACCGUGAGAACCAACCUAGCAGCAGGCCUGGGAGUUCCGGUAGCCACCGCCGAUCUAUCAGCAGCCAACACCCCCCACUGCCUCCAAACCACCAGCAGGUCAUUGCUGCAGCUCAGCGAGUUGGAUCUUCGUCUAGUAACCACACGGGCAUUAUGGGUCCUCCACUCCUACCUGCAUCGACCUACAGGAAUUCCAACUCCCAGCAGCUGCGUCCAAGGACGCCGUCCAGCUCCCACGGCCCAAGCAGUCCAAAGAAUGGCACUACGCCGCGUCCAAGAUACUCCGGCGGCGCUGAGCUGAACCCCUCCAUCACAGCCCGCUCCCGCGCCUCGUCAGUGACCUCCUUCGCCUCCGAAGUCGAGAGUCGCUUCAACCUCCGUGGCGGCCCUACUGAAAUCCCCGGCGUCGCGUCCGGCACCGACCCGCGCAUGAUCCAGGCGAUCACGCAGACCAUGAUCGGUGACUACCUGUGGAAGUACACCCGCAAGGCCGGCCGUAGCGACAUGUCAUCCACGCGCCACCGCCGCUACUUCUGGGUCCACCCAUACACGCGCACUCUGUACUGGAGCGACCGUGACCCCUCGACCGCUGGCCGCAGCGAGCUCAAAGCCAAGAGCGUCGCCAUCGAAGCCGUUCGCGUUGUCACAGACGAUAACCCGAUGCCGCCUGGACUGCAUCGCAAGAGUCUUGUCAUUCUAACCCCUGGACGCUCGGUCAAGUUCACCGCGCAGACAGGACACAACCACGAGAUCUGGUUCAACGCCCUCUCCUACCUCCUCCUGCGCACCGACGACGCCCCCGAGGACACUGCCGAUGAAGCCCCCGACGCCCUAACAGCCGACGACGUCGACGAGUUCAACCCCGGCUUCCGUUCUUCCCGUCGCGGCGGCGCCGCCUCCCUAUCCUCCUACAACAGCCGCGCCACGCGCAACGAGUCACCCGCCAUCCCCGAGCGCCCGACUCUAAACAACACGCCGUACAAUGGCACCGCCGCGUCGCGCGGGUCGGUGGUCUCGCGACUGAGCAACUACUGGCGCACGAGCAAUGGGGAGGUGUACAGUGCACGGCGGAGCAGGCAGAGCACGGGCCAGAAUAGUAUAUAUGAGGCUAGCGAGGUGCAUGAUAGUGCCGAGGAUGUGAGGGCGAUGAUUGAGAAGCAGGAUCGUGAGAGUGAUAGGCUGGAGAAUGUGAGGGCGUGCUGUGAUGGACUCCAUGAUGUGGGACACCUCGCACACACACCCACAAGCUCUGUGCGCAACCGCCUCUCGCAGGGAACGCGAAGCUACACGCCCGGUCCUGGUCAGCGACCAGGCGCGACGAGCAGACAGAGCGUGCAGUAG